AUGGGAAGAGAGCAAAUCCCACCUCAAUAUCCUCUUCAAAUCCUGUCCAAGAAGUUGAUAAAUCCGGCAAUUCCAACCCCUCAUAACCUUCGCAACUUGAAAAUAUCAGCCCUUGAUCAAUUAUAUCCUACACUUUAUCUCCCCUUCAUUUUCUUCUAUCCUAAUUUCAGUGAAAAAGAAUUUCAAUUAGCCGGCAAGAAAUUGGAGAAAUCACUAUCCAAAAUUUUAACCCUCUUCUAUCCUUUAGCAGGAAGGUAUAUCGAUGACAAUCUUUCAAUAGAUUGUAAUGAUAAUGGGAUUGAAUUUAUAGAAACCUUAGUAAAUGGCAAGCUUUCUCCAUUGCUUGGGAGAGAUGUUGAUUGCAGGCAGCUUAGCCAUUUGAUUCCUCACCAAUUUGAAUCGCCUACUAGUCCUUUAUUAGCAAUUCAAUGUAACAUUUUUGAGUGUGGUGGAUUAGCUAUCGGUUUGUGCAUUUCACAUAAGAUAGUUGAUGGAUUUUCAUUCACUAAGUUUAUUGAUGCAUGGGCUACUUCAUGCCGAUUAGGGAUCCAUAAAGUUGAUCACCCAAGCUUUGAUUUACCUUCCCUUUUGCCCACAAGAGAGACGGUUCCUGAAAUUAAGUCUGUUCAACGAUUUAAUCCCGGAUUGAAGACUGCGUCGAGGACGUUUGUCUUCGAUGGUUCGGCGAUAUCUAAUCUGAGGAAGAUUGCAAAAGAAGGUGGCAAAGAAUCACACAAACCGUCAAGGGUGCAAUUGGUGACAGCAAUUAUUUGGAAAGCUCUCAUGAGGGUUUGUCAAACUAAACAUGGGCAAUUGAGGCCCUCUAUAAUUUGUCAUACAAUGAACAUGAGAGGAAGAACAGCCCUUCCAAUCUCAGACGAUUGCUGUGGAAACUUGUUCAGGCCGGUGAUCGUGAAAUUCACACUCGAAAAUAAAAGCAAUAAGGUGGAGUUUCACCACCUGGUGAGUCUACUUGGUAAUGCAAUAAGAAGUACAGUUACUGAUUGUGCAAAACCACAAAAUGGCGAUGAUUUUUCCUCCAUGGUGAGUGAUGCCUGGAAAGAGGCUGGUGAGGAAUUAAACAAAGAUAUUGAUAAGGUUGAUGCUUAUGGAUUUACUAGUUUGUGCAGGAUGCCAAUUUAUCCUGAUUUUGGUUGGGGAAUACCUGCUCGAGUGACGCAUGUACAAUCUGUUGUUGAACUCAUUAUGCUAUUUGAUACAAGAGAUGGUGAUGGAGUUGAGGCAUGGAUGUCCUUGGAUGAAAAUGAUAUGAAUGUUUUUCAGCAAGAUCCAGAUAUUAUAGCUUUCACUUCCCAGGUCGAUCAUUAG